GGCCACCUGAAGACAGUUGAACUUUCGGUUCCAUUUUCAUUGCAACAAAGUCGGAACUAAAAUCGGAAUGAGUAUGGCCAUUGUUCAAGUAUCUUUGUUUGUUUUUUUGUGCUUUCUGGCUGGAUCGAUGGCGCAGGAUCAAGCAAGAAGUCCAUCCACGUCCCCCUCGACCCCGACUGUUCCCACUUCCUCCUCCGACGAUAAGCUCGAUGUGGACUUUGAAGACGAUGAUGACCCCGAGAGUGGUUCUUCUGCAAAAGAAGCCCCAAUGGGAACUGUUCCUACUUCUGAGCUUACAACUCUUCCCACUACAACAGUUUCCACCAAAAUACCAACCAAUGCUGUUCUCAGCACAACUACUCCCCCUAAAGCUAUACUAACCAAAACUAUUUCCGAUGAAACAAGAACCAAUCAAUCGGAAGAAGCUAAACUUUUGGCACUUUUCGCUAAGAACACCGCUGCCCUUAACCAAUCAGUGAUAUUGCUCAGCGAUAUCCUUGCCCUUAACAGAAACAUCACUUGGAGUCUUGAAAAACAAAAGGAAUUUGUACCCGUGAUACGCUAUGCCGAAGGACUCGUGCUCAAUGCCACAAGAAAUUCUUUCUUCAGGAAGGCUGAGCUCCUUCGUAGCUUUGUCAAGGCCAUCCGCAAGAUUGAUGGGGAUGCAAGUCAUAUAGUCGAUGACGUUGCCUAUAUGCUCCAAUUGAAGAAUGAGACCAAGGAAAAAAUCAGCAGUUGUUCUGGGAAAAUUGGGGAUAUUCAGAGCAAGAUGAUCCGCAGCUCAAAGGGAUUCGAUCAGAAGCUAAAUCGUUUGCGCCAAAUUAUUCAGCAGAGUAUCAAACCCAAGGUUCUGAACCUCAAUCUAACAGCCGGCAGCAUUAACAGCUCCCAAGUCAACUCUUUGGCUGAACUGGAGAAUCUCCCUAUCGUGAGGAAGAACAGCAAGAGCAGCGUAGUGCAGUUAGCAUCCCUGGAAUACCAAUUGGCCAUCCUCAACCAAACCCAGAAGAGGAGUGUGGAUAGUCUGAGAGAAGGUGUCCAGAAGUGGGCUCCUACCAACCUCAGUUCGAUCAACGAUCAGCUUCAAUCACUGAUCAUCUCCCAAAAACGCACGGAACUGGAUUUGGCUCUAUGCGAUGGGGACUCAUCGAAGAAGUAUCACGCUAGUUCAGCAGAUGAGGAAGUGGUAUACGGAACUAUUGUCUCCGAUGGCUUCUUUGAUACUCGAGAACUAAAUCAUCAGCUGACAUCGAAUGCUGCAUCCGAAAGAUACGUCCAAGCGGGUGUGUCACCCAAAAUGUCAUGGUAUAAUGUGGCCCAAGCCCAAACGGGUGGAAUAAAUUAAACCAAUGGAACCGAAAAUCUUUAGAUUAAAGCUCAGUUGUGAAA